AUGGCUGAAGAGAAACACUCAGCACUUGACCAGGAGUCUGGUCUCUGUCAAGUUAGCUCAUGCCAGACUAUUGCGACUCGCUAUAUGCAGAUGCUUCUUGAACUGGACUAUAUUCCAUGGUUCUACAGCGUUCUCGCAGGCGCCGGUCAUUGGGUUCUAUUAGCUGGAUAUCUAGUGGUUCCUGGAACAUUUACCUCCCUCCAAGAGAAAACAAAAGACUUAGAUGAAGUUCUUACAAAGGAUAGCGUCGAGGAAUCUGUUAUUAAGGCUAUUAGGAAUCCACCGCUUCUCGGAAUAUCCUGUUCUUGCCUUGCCCUGGGUGUUACUCUCAUGCUGUGGCUCUCUUGGGAGAGAAGAAAUAAUUAUAUCUGGCUGGUUAACAAGUUAUUUAUACCAACAUUCUUAAAUGCCAUGGCAGGGCUGGUAAGCACAUUGAUCAAUAUAUACACAGCCCAGGGCGGUGAUUGGUCAAUCAUAGCAAUAAUGACUGUGAUUGCAACUGGCCUCUCAAUGGUAGUGUCCAUGACCCUGACCAUCUUUUACAAAUUUUGCAAGCUGGAAUCAGUAAAGCGAGAGCAUGAGAUGGAGAUAAGUGCGAGGUUUCAUAAGGUAUCACCAAAGUCAAGUGACAGUGUAUAG